AUGCCCCUCCCCCCAGGGCCUGGCUCCGAAACGCUUCGGCUAUUUCCGGACCGUAAAGGAAAGCGUCGGAACCGGCGGCUACGGCUGCUCCCGAAAACACCCGAAACCGCGUUUCCAAAGUUCGGUUCUUUCCGGAGAUUCCAAGAACACCCUCCUCCCCUCUCGGAAAACUUCGGCUCCUUCCGCACCGCUUCGGAAAGGCCUCACUCACGGGAGACAGCUUCGGCUUUUUCCGUCGGCGCUUCGACUCCUUCCGGCUCCGGGAACCGAAAAGGGAGGGAGGACGGAGGCGAGGUGGAUCAGGGGAAGGGAAACGUAGAAAGGGCAAGGGUCCCGGCUCUCAGCACCUGGCUCUCCGGGUGGGGAAAGGGGAAGAAAAGAAGGGCUGAUCUUGAGAAAGGCGUAAGAAGGUUGCGCGAGACAAAAGCAGCUAGCGGGGUGAAGAGUGCGCGCGGCCGCUGCGGAGGUUGCCAGCGCGGCUUUGUGCGCCUGCGCAGGGUGGAAGAGGCGGGGCGCGAGACGGGCUUUUGCGCCUGCGUGGAAGCCGGCCUGAGGCGAGGUUGCUCAGCUGCUCCGGAAUGGGGGCCGGUUCCAGGGCCCCCAACGCGCCUGCGCAAGUCUUUCCCUUCAUCCAGGGAAGGCGCAGCAAGCGACGUAGCGAACACUUCCGGGAGACCGAUCAUUACGCUUUACCGCCUCCUGGCGGAAACCUCCGCUCAGAGAUGCCCGGCUCCGCAUCGUCGGCCGCUUCCGGAAGAGGUCAUUGAGUCCCGCCUCCUGCCGCCGUGCCUCUAGUCCAAGCAGCUCAUCAGUAGCGCUCACGCCUCUUUCCCGGAGCUCUGCCCCUCCGAGUUCCCUAGUCCACAGCAGUCUCUGCCCUCCCCCCACCCCGGCCUCCGCGGGGCUGAUUACACCCUGUCUCCCCAACCUCCCCGUUUCCCGCCCGCCCGUCCGCGCCCCGGCUCCCCUGAGUCCCCGUCCCUGUCUCCGCGGCAACGGCCACCCCCUCCCAUGAA